AAUUAUGACGGCAUAGUCACUCUCCGCAAUUAAUCAUCACCAAAAUAUACUAUUUAAGCAACUUGUCUACCAAAGGGCGUUCAUACGAUAUAAACAGCCGAAAAGCCCCUUCGUGUUACAUUUACCGAUCUUGUUUAUUACAAUACUAUUCUCGUUAGCCUCGCAAAAUGUUUGACAACUUUGAACCUUUCGCAAUUAAGAUAAAGUCCAACCCGGACAUCACCAUCAACGGCUUGAAAAGCGGCGAGCCCUCCUCCAAGCCCGCUCUUCUUCUCAUCCACGGCUUUCCUCAAACACUACACAUCUGGCAUCGUGUCGCGCCUCGGGUUCUCGACAAGUACAACGUUGUGCUGAUUGACAUCCGAGGUUAUGGAAAGUCCUCCAAACCCGGCGAUGUAGCUUCGUAUGCAAAGAGCGCCAUGGCUAGAGAUUGCAUCGAUGUUAUGGACGCUCUAGGCCAUACUGGGUCUUUCUUUGUCUGCGCUCAUGAUCGCGGCGCCAGAGUCGCGCAUAAACUGGCUGUCGAUUAUCCUGAUCGCAUUCGCAAGUUCAUACUGCUUGACAUCUGUCCUACACUGGCGAUGUAUACCAAGACGGAUUUCGACUUUGCCAAAGCGUACUUCCAUUGGUUCUUUCUCAUUCAGAAAGAACCUCUUCCUGAGACACUUAUCACCGCGAAGCCUAGAGAGUUAGCAGAGAUGUUCAUGGGAGGUCGUCAAGGCGAUGGGUUAUCCAUCUUUGAGCCGGAAUGUUUUGAGAUUUAUGCCAAGAACUUGGAAGAUCCCGCAACGGUUCAUGCCAUGUGUAAUGAUUAUCGCGCGAGCGCGACGGUCGAUCUGGAGGAGGCGCGAGAGGAUCUGAAGCAUGGUCGAAGGAUUAAGAGCCCUUUGCUUGUUCUAUGGGGAAAGCAUGGGGUUAUUGAGAAGUGCUUUGAUGCUGUGAAGGAGUGGAAGGAUGUUACUGAUCCGGGUGUACUGGUCGAAGGUCGAAGUGUUGAGUCGGGACACUAUGUUCCUGAGCAGGCACCUGAUGUUGUUGUCUCCGCGAUUCUAGAGUUCCUUAAUUGAGCGGUGGAGAGGGUAAUAUCAAUAGAUUUGACGAUAAGAUAUUUUCAGGAAGUUGAAUACCCAUAUCCAUUCGCGACGCGUAUCGCGAUCGAAUUCGUAAAGGUAGGAUCUUCUGACAAAAAAAAAGGCUUUCCGAGACGCGCUCUUUUUCAUUCACGUGAACCAGGCGAAAAUAUUAUUUCUGACACUUAAUAAAAUGAGGAA